AUGCAUGCUGUUCUUACGCAUGCUUUACGUGCAUGCAACAAAAUAACUGAAUUUUCAGAAGUAGUGGAUGGUUUUGUGGACACUCUGAAACUCUUCAAACUUGUGAAACCUGGAUUACCAUCUUAUCGACAGGAAAACCUUUGUGAGUGUCUUUCAGAUAUAGUCUACUCUGCACACAAUGCUGUAGAUGAUGUGGCGGCUUUGAAAUCCCUAGUUCAGAGCUAUUUCACACCCAGUGUUCUGGAUAGCACUGACGUCAGAAGGUCAUCAAUCACUGUUCAAAGCGUAAUAGCCUCCUACUUCUACUCAUGCCAAAUUAGAACAAAUUUGCCUUCUCUCCAGCCCCUAGUUGCAGGAAAAAUCAUCAGCCAGGGCAUUGCCAGAAAGAUUGAUGGAAGUGGCCUUCUCUACAAUCAUUUGCAGAUGGCAUUUAAUCCUGAUACCGUGAAUGGUAUAUCUAAGUUGUGUCAGGAAAAAACUGGAAACUCGGUGAGAGUUACGAAAUCCCAAAGAAUUAUUAACAGUUUGAACAAUUACUUUGCACAAUGUAAUGAGAGCUGA